GCAGCAACGGCCAAGGAGGAAGACGCACCUGCCACUCGGCCGUCCGGAGCACUGUUUUUAAAAUCCACACCUACGUGUACAGUCUCGUUUUCUUCAAGCACUUCCUUCAACCCAUUUAAACCUAGCCUUUCCCCACAAUGUCUUCUCUUUCUCAGAGUUUAAGCCUCUGUCAGCCUCGCCGGAGGAGGGAGAACCUUAGAUUGCUGUCACAAACUCACUCUGUUGCGAUUCCAUCCGGAAUGAGUAAUUCAGUGAAGAAUUGUUCCCUGGCCCGGUGCUCUGGAGUCGGAGUUGUUCGUGCGGCCACGGAGGUUGUGGUUGAUGAUCCAGUUGUUCGAGAGGGGGGAAAAGAGAAGGGUAGGGUUCUGAGAGUGGGUGUAAUUUGCGGUGGUCCGUCGGCGGAGCGUGGGAUAUCGCUCAACUCCGCCAGAUCGGUUAUUGAUCAUAUUCAGGGGGAUGAUUUGCUAGUAAGCUGCUAUUACAUUGAUUGCAAUCUUAAUGCAUAUGCGAUAUCCCCUGCUCAGGUAUAUUCAAACACUCCGACAGACUUUGAUUUCAAACUUGAAAGCCUUGCCCAAGGUUUCCGGUCUUUAUCUGACUUUGCAGAACACCUUGCUGCUUCUGUGGACAUAGUGUUCCCUGUUAUACAUGGUCGUUUUGGUGAGGAUGGUGGCAUUCAGGAGCUGUUGGAAAAGUCAAAUAUUCCAUUUGUUGGCACACGAUCAAAUGAAUGUCGCCAAGCAUUUGACAAGUAUGACUCCUCCUUGGAGCUGGACAGACAAGGAUUUGUAACAGUACCUAAUUUUUUAGUACAGGGAAGUCAUUCAAAUGAAUCUGAACUAUCAAAGUGGUUUGCUGAGAACCAUUUGGACACCAACUCAGGGAAAGUUGUGGUAAAACCAACAAGAGCAGGAUCAAGUAUUGGUGUUACUGUUGCAUAUGGUGUUGCUGAUUCUCUUAAAAAGGCAAAUGAAAUUGUUGCGGAGGGAAUUGAUGAUAGGGUCCUUGUUGAAAUUUUUCUGGAAGGUGGGAGUGAGUUUACAGCUAUUGUCCUUGACGUUGGAUCUGGUUUUGAUUGCCAUCCUGUUGUACUAUUGCCGACUGAGGUGGAGAUUCAAUUGCAUGACAAUGCUGACAUGAGGGAGAAGGAUGCAAUAUUUAAUUACCGAAGGAAGUAUCUUCCAACACAGCAGGUUGCAUAUCACACUCCACCUCGUUUUCCUAUGGAUGUCAUUGGAAGUAUUCGGGAAGGAGCGUCUCUACUCUUCCAACGGCUUGGCCUACAUGAUUUUGCUCGAAUUGAUGGUUGGUUUUUGCCUUCUUCUAUUCAUAUACCAUCAGCUUCAGAGAAAAAGCUUGGAAGGACUAAAUCGGGUACUGUUAUCUUUACUGAUAUCAACCUGAUAAGUGGAAUGGAGCAGACCAGUUUUUUGUUUCAGCAAGCUUCAAAGGUUGGAUUUUCUCAUUCAAACAUCCUCCGGAGUAUUAUUCAACGUGCUUGCUUGCGGUUUCCAAAUCUUGCAUCAUACACUAGCCUAUCAAGUCUUUUGCUUAGAAGAUCAAAAUCCUCACAACUUAUUGAAGCAUUUCCCAAGACUAAAGAUGUUCGUAAAGUUUUUGUUAUUUUUGGAGGCGACACAUCAGAGCGCCAAGUAUCUCUUAUGAGCGGAACAAAUGUUUGGCUCAAUUUGCAAGCAUUUAAUGAUCUUGAAGUAAUCCCCUGUUUGCUUGCCCCUGCUAGUGGUUAUUCAUCUAAAACAGACAUGGAUGAAAAGGAACUUGAUGUGAGGAUGAAAACAAUUUGGACACUACCUUAUUCCCUUGUGCUGAGACAUACUACAGAGGAAGUUCUUGCUGCAUGCAUCGAGGCAAUUGAACCUGAUAGGGCUGCAUUGACAUCUGAGUUACGGAAUCAAGUGAUGAAUGAUCUCAUGGAAGGUUUGAAGAAACAAAGUUGGUUUACAGGAUUUGAUUUAGCUGAUGAACCACCUGUAAGAUAUUCAGUGGAGCAGUGGGUCAAGCUAGCCAAGGAAGUUCAGGCAACGGUUUUUAUUGCAGUGCAUGGAGGCAUGGGAGAAGACGGAACACUACAAUUUUUGCUCGAAGCUGGAGGAGUUCCUUAUACAGGUCCUGGUGUAGAGACUUCGAAGAUUUGUAUGGACAAAGUUGCAACAUCUCUUGCUCUCAAUCAUCUGGAAAAAUUUGGAGUUCUCACUAUAAAUAAGAAAGUGCUGAGAAAAGAGGAUCUUCUCAAUGCACCUGGACAUGAUAUAUGGCAUGACUUGACCUCAAAGCUUCAGUCCGAAACAUUAUGUGUUAAACCAGCCAGAGAUGGAUGCUCCACUGGUGUUGCAAGAUUAUGCUGUCUGGAGGAUCUUGCAGUGUAUGUAAAAGCAUUGGAGGAGUGCUUUCUUCGGAUCCCUUCCAAUAGUCUCUCAAAGGCACAUGGGGUGAUUGAGAUGCCAAACCCUCCCCCAGAGCUCUUAAUCUUUGAACCUUUUAUUGAGACAGAUGAGAUAAUUAUCUCAUCUAAUGCUGUGAAUGAUAAUGCAAAUCGCCUCAUCUGGGAAGGACAUAGUAGAUGGGUUGAAGUAACUGUUGGUGUUGUAGGAAAGCGCGGAUCUAUGCACUCAUUGACUCCUAGUGUUACUGUGAAGGAAAGUGGUGAUAUUUUAUCUCUUGAGGAGAAAUUCCAGGGUGGAACUGGCAUCAAUCUGACUCCACCCCCAUUAUCAAUAAUCAGUAAGGCAGCUUUGGAAAGUUGUAAGCAACGUAUUGAACUAAUAGCAAACACUCUGCAAUUAGAAGGAUUUUCACGUAUUGAUGCAUUUGUUAAUGUUGACAGUGGAGAGGUUCUGAUUAUUGAGGUUAAUACCGUGCCCGGAAUGACGCCUUCCACUGUUUUGAUUCAUCAGGCACUGGCAGAGGAACCUCCCAUGUAUCCUCAUCGGUUCUUCCGUACCUUGCUUGAUCUGGGUUCAGAGAGGUUCAUAUAGAAGUAUUUGAAGGACAUCAAUGUCUUGAUAAAAUAACAUUGUGGUUUGGAACAUCGUUUUGGGCUUGCAAAAUUUAUUUAAAAAUAGAAAAAAAAAAAAAAAAACUUGUGCAAAUGUUGAAUCAGGGUUGGUUGCCCUGACGCAGUGAAGGGAUCAUGUGCAAGAUCCGGCCCAGAAGUUUUUAUGGACCCUCCUGCCCAAAUUUAUAUACACAAAAUGUAUAUAUCAAGCCAUAUGCGCCUACACUUGAGCUCUUGAUUAAAGCGAUUGAGUAGUCGAUCUCAAAA